AUGAAGCUUUCAGCGCUGCUCGCAGUUUCCGCGUUUCUUGCAGAGGGAAUCCUUGCACUCAAUUGCAAGGAUGGAUUGAAUUACUGUGGCAGGUCGAUCAUGCUCAAGAACCCCGAUAAUGACGAAGAAUAUUCUGACAAUGAUCUUGUUCAUUGCGUGAAUGGAAACGGACCCAACUACCUCUAUCGUGAGGAGGUAUGCUAUGGGGGAUGCAUCGAGGCCCCCGACGGCAAGAGUGACUACUGUACGCCAUUUGCCGGAUUCAUCGUGACCACUGCUACAGAAAACUGCAUCAAAUUAGCGGAUGCCUCUCAUCGCUCCUCGGUCGAAACAGCCGAGAAAAAACCAAAAUCUGUAGCUAAGAUCUUGCUUCUGGAAGCUGAUAUCAGGUAUUUCCAUACAAUGGCUGUCUGCACGCUUCUUUCAGGGGGCGCAAACAAAGGCAAAAGCGGCGAGGCGCUCUGGAAGCAGACGGUGGAUUUCUAUGCGAAGACGACAGAUAGGCUCCAAAAUGAUUUGAAUGAGCUGAAGAAGGAACAAAAGAACUAG